CCUGAGAAAUGUGACUUUGCACAUUAUCUCAGUUCUAAUGCAGCAGAGAUGGGCAAUGCCUUAUGGGCUGUCACCUCUUCUUGAUGUUGGAAAUGGGUGAAAAACCCAGAGAUGGAGCAAUGACCCAGAAACUGAGGGAACCAUAUCAGGCACAGAGCGAGAUUGCCUCGUUUUGCUGACCAACAGAAUACGGUGGCCAAAGUGCAUUUGACAUUUUUCCAUGAAACCCUGAUAGAUAAGAAUAAAACGUGGACUGGAUAAUGCUACCAUUGUGUUUGUGUGUGUGUCUUCAAGUCAGUGUUUACUCCUGGCAACUGCCUGGACCAGUUCCUGCAGUUUUGUUGACAAGAUUUCAGAAGUGGCUUGCCAUAGUCCCCUUCUUAGGGCUGAGAGAGAGUGACUGGCCCGAAGUCAUCCAGCCGGCGUUGUGUCCAAGUUUAGUUGCAGAAAUAUCUGUGUAAAGCAAGUGGAAGGAGCGAAAAAUCACUUUAAGAAAGGAAUUGAUACCGUCGAACAUCAGAAACUACUCAAACAGAUUGCCAGUCUAUCGCAUGAUGGGUUUUUCCUAGAAUAUUCAUUACAGGGUAAAUUAGGGACAACAUUUGAAGAAAUGUACUAUGGAAUGCAGAGUACAUGAUUAUACAAGAGUGUCCAACGCUGGACAAAUAAUCUAGUGAAGCAAGAGAAAGAAACUUUACUCUCCACCAGAGGUUUGUUGAUUGCACUACUGGUAUUCACACUGAUAUUUGCCUUGAUGAAUAAAUUCAGAUUGUUCAUUUGGUUCCAGCUGAUUUUUUACCCACAACAAGCCAGAGAAAUCAUGAUUUCUAGAAUACUUCAUAGAAGUUUAUUAUCAAACCUGAUUGUCUGCUAAAUAAGUCAAACAAGCCACUAAAGAUAUUUGAAGCUUACUGAGAUAAUCUUCCCUCUGGUGAAACAUCUAUAAAAAUUGCAAUGGAUGGCUUAAUCAUUCAUAAAUUAACUCUUUAUCUUGGGGCUAAAUGCCUUGUUGUAUAAGCACCUCUCUUCUCAGUACAAUUAAAUACUGGAUUGCAAUUGACUCAGCCUUCAUCCAAAAUGCCCGACUUUGAUGAUCUUUUGGAACACAUUGGGGAAUUUGACUUCUUCCAGAAAAAGGUCUUUUUCCUUGUUUGCUUUCUCUCAGUUGCCUUCGCCCCAGUCUAUGUAGGAGUUGUUUUCCUAGGGUUUAUACCAGAGCACCGUUGUCGGACUCCAGGAGUUACUGAAUUAAGCAACCGGUGUGGCUGGACUCUUGAAGAUGAACUGAAUCACACCGUUCCAAAAGGGACAUCCAAAGAGGAUACUUUCACCCCUCAAUGCAUGAGAUACAACGUCAACUGGAAUGAAAGUGGGCUGAGCUGUACAAAUCCCCUGGAAGACUUCACCAGUCUGGAGAACAGGAGCCUCCUUGUGACCACUUGUCAAGAUGGCUGGGUUUAUGAUGCUUCAGUCAUAUCCAUUGUGACUGAGUUUAACUUGGUUUGUGAAGAUUCCUGGAAACUAGAUGUGUUUCAGUCGGCUGUGAAUGGUGGGUUUCUGGUUGGAUCUAUAUUCGCUGGCUACAUAGCGGACAGAUUUGGUCGGAAAGUAAGCCUUUUAAUUUCUGUCCUGGUAACUACAAUCUCUGGAGUACUAGUUGCCUUCUCACCAAGCUACUUAUGGUCUGUGAUAUUUCGUUUCAUCCAAGGCCUGUUCUGCAAGGGCAGCUGGAUGGCAGGUUACAGUUUGCUCACAGAAAUUGUUGGUCCAAGCUACAGGAGGACUGUGGCCAUUCUCUAUCAACUAGCAUAUGGUUUUGGCCUCCUCAUCCUCAAUGGUUUGGCUUAUGCAAUUCCCAACUGGAGAUGGCUUCAACUUGCUGUUACCCUUCCAAUGUUCCUUCUCUUACUCUACUACUGGUGCCUCCCUGAGUCACCCAGGUGGCUGAUCACUCAAGGACAGCAUGCCCGAGCUAUGAAACUCGUGGAUGAAAUUGCUAAAAAAAAUGGAAAAGUUGUACCUGCCUUUUUUGAGAAUAUUAAUCUUGAAGAAGAACAUGUAGAAGACACAAAGCUCAGCCCUUCACUGCUGGACCUUGUGAAGACACCACAGAUCAGGAAAUACACAUUAAUUUUGAUGUAUAACUGGUUCACAAGUGCCAUUAUGUACCAAGGACUUAUUAUGCACAUAGGAGUUGCUGGUGGAAAUGUUUACCUGGAUUUUUUCUAUGCCACCCUUGUUGAAUUUCCAGCUGCUUUCAUCCUCAUCGUCACCAUAGAGCGUGUGGGCCGUCGUUAUCCCUGGGCAGCUUCUAAUCUGGUGGCUGGAAUUGCUUGCCUUAUUACAGCUUUCAGCCCAGAUGAUAUGCAUUGGUUAAAGAUUCUUGCAGGUUCCUUUGGCAGGUUGGGAAUUACUAUGGCUUUCGAAAUGGUCUGCUUUGUCAAUGCUGAAUUGUACCCAACAUUUCUUAGAAACCUUGGCUUGAUGGUAUGUUCUUCCCUGUGCGAUUUUGGUGGAAUCAUUUCCCCAUUUAUAGUCUACAGAUUGGCAGAGUUCUGGCAUGAACUACCUCUUGUAGUCUUCUCUGUCAUAGGGUUAAUAGCUGCUGGAUCAGUGCUGCUUUUGCCUGAGACCAAAGGAAGCACCUUGCCGGAGACCAUUGAUGACAUAGAAAACUUCCACAAACUUGCAUUAAACAAUAAAUCUUGAAGCCAAUUCAAGUUUAAUUAUUUUUGAAAUGUGUGUGCUCAGCUUAUGGUUCAUAAAAAGUCCAGAUCUAAUCACUAACUAAUAAAAAUAUUACACUAUACAGUCUUUCAUUUGGACAGGUAUUUUAUGCACACACAAAGCGCUCAUUUCUUCCAAUGAUGAACAUUGUCAAUAUAGCAAACGCAAACGCAAACGCAGCAUGUAAACAGUAAACAUAAGCAGAGGGCAGUGAAAAUAAUACUUUUUACCUGAUAUUUAAACAUUGUGUUAUGACUGGAGGUUCUAGAUUUGUUAAAACACUAUUCCUUCUUUUUAUUUUAACUUUUGCUACUUUAUUAGUUUUCUAUGCAUAUAUGUAUGCUGUAAAUCUUAGGGGGAUUCUUUGUAGUGCCCAGAUCCAAGAUAAACAUCCUUUUGCAGGUAAAAGAGAUCAAUAUAUAAAUAAAUGGAAAUUUCUAUAUUAUUGGUUACAGCAGAGUUGAAAAAUAGGCAAAGAAAGGGGGUAAAAUUGGUGCAAAGUGGCAAGAGUUUGCCAGGACAAGUAAGGAAAUUAAUAUGGGUGUUUUGUUUCUGGUUGUACAGGCCUAGAACUGAAAGGAGUCAGAUGUGGAGGAAUGAUCACCCUUGGAGAUGCUAAGAUAAACAGAGAUAGCAAUAAAAGGCUUCUCAUUGGAUAGCUUUGAAUCAGGAAGUCAACAUGGGAGAUGUCUAGAAGGAAAUGAAGAUUUGUCCCAAAAAAUGGAGAGAAAGAAACAAAAUCCAGAAGGAUUAGGGGGUGGGAAACAAAAAAAGCUUGAAUGCACAUACAAAACUAUCCUUGAUUCACAAACAUGGGUGAAUCAAGGACAGAAAAAGAAAGAAGCAGAAUAUUAGUUAAGGAAAAAAAAGAGAAAUGUAACAUAAACAGCUAAAGGGAAUAUGAGCCAAGUCUUAAGGUAGGGAAAAAGACCAUCCAGGAAAUAAGAGUUAAAGGAGAGAGGAAGCAAGAGGUUUCCACUCAUGCAACCAACAAGGGUAGAGAGGUGGCGAAGGUGCAAAGAUUCACAAGUACAGUAUCGACUUGGGCAAUGCAGAUAGACAGAGGCAGCUGACCAUUUCACUGUUGGGGGAAACUGCACAGCAGAUCAAUCAGCUGUGGGAGGAUAGAAGCUUGGAGGACCAAGAGGAAGAGCAGAUAGGAUUCAGAUGGGCCAGGCAGGAAGAAAUUUAAGAAAAACAGAGUUGGAAGUGACCCUGGAGGUCUUCUAGUCCAACUCCCUGGUCAAGCAGGAGACCCUAUACGAUUCCAGACAAAUGGUUGUCCAAACUCUUCUUAAAAAUUCCCAGUGAUGGAGCACUCGCAACUUCUGAAGGCAAGCUGUUCCACUGAUUAAUUUGGGGGGGAGGGGGGGUUAAGCAGCCCACAAGAGAGGGGGAGAACUGUCCCAUGAGAUUUUUGCAGAGAUAACUCUUUGGGCCUUUUACGAGGUAGGAAGGAGAAUUAGAUCGUUUAAAUAUGCACUGUGCCUUGGAUGCGCUGCACGUUGAAGGCAAUUGCUCAGUAUAUAUACUGUAUGGAUGUAGGAACUGCUGACUCUGAACAAGCUCCUGUGUGGGACAUAUGGAAAAUCACCCCAUUGAGCUCAGUACCUUAUUUUUAUUUAAAAUUAGUCCUGUGCCUAUUUGAUACUGUCUGUAAAUCUGUAUGUUUAUUGCUUUUCUAUUGCUAAUAGUAAAGUUUUUCUUGUCUAUUCAA